AUGGCCAGGAGGCAGACUGAUCUCCCACUCUCCUGUCCGUUGUCCACUCCAAAUACCGCAGGGGAAUUUUCCAACGUUCAUCAAAUCUCCGAUGGUCACCUUUUGAUUGACGGAAAUGAUGGCGCCAGUCCUUCAAAUUUAGGGGUGCAGUAUGACGUGGAUAUGCAGGAAAGGCAUCGGAAUGUCAGCACUCUAGAGAGUGCCAGCCGCGUCAAGUUCGUCGACGGCGAUCCGGCAUCGAAACAGCCCACAACAGCUGCGGAACUGGAGCCAGACCGAUUGGACCAUUUGGACAGCUUACAGCUCCCUCGCAAGCCUGCGCCUGCCGCCAACAUUCCUGUCAUUCAGGGAACAAGAGUCGGAGCCCCUCCCCAAGGACUCCUAGUGGAGGACCAGUCAACACGCGCGUCAGUCGAUGUCACUGGCUUGAAGAUCAGCAGUCGUUCGAGUCCUCACAUCUCGGCAGAAUGGAAACAUCAGAUCCAUCGCGACGCCACAACGAAAUUGAAUGGAAAGGGGUCAUCAAGAUGCUACGCCCGUCAGAGGGCAAAACGAUUGAUAUCCCUUCUUCGGCGGCCUCACAAAAGCUCAAAGUCAAACAAUAGGGCAAACUUGGCCACUGCAUUCACUUCCCCUUCAUCUAAAACCUUGGUCUCGCUAGAAGCUGGCAACGAAUCUUCCGUGAUCAGUGACUACGAGCAUCGCCUCAAUUGUGACAACUCGAGCGUUGCAAGCUUGACGCUGGCUGAUGACAGGGAACAGAGGCAACAGGACGGGCGAUACUCAAUGCGCACUUCUGAAGCCUCCACCAACGUAUGCUCAAUGUUCUCUCAAGACUUUAAUCCAUUCGCCAGUGGCCAUGGGUCGGCCUCUCCUGACCCGUUGUCGGGCCAGGUCUCGCCAACUCUGGGGCGAGACUCGGAGAGCUCGUUCGAGCGGCCUCGACAAUAUAGACAUGGCAUCCUCUCAUCCAUUCUCAAACUAUACGGUCACAAUCGGAGCAGCUCAUCAUCCAGUCGAGAGCUGAUUGGAGGUUCCCGAAACAGCAGUGUCUCUGACGGCUCCAGUGCAGACGACUCCAGUGCUCGUGGAUGCUCUCCCGAUUCCGCGUGGAAGCCACAGCGGCCCAAGAAAUGGUACGAAAAGUCCGCCAGCCGAUCCAGUGGCUCUUUCUCUGGCUCUAGUAGCAAGCUUCCAUCGCCAUUGAAUCUCCUGCGGCGGACUCGCAGCAGUGGUGCUACGACCUCGGGGUCUGGAAGUCGCCGAUGGGUGAAAUCCAAAUUGGAAGACGAAAUCCGCAUCACGAUUCACAUCGCAGAGCUUCUCUCGCGGCAACGCUACUUGGUCAAACUUUGCCGAGCAUUGAUGAAAUAUGGCGCGCCGACUCAUCGACUGGAAGAGUCGAUGCGAAUGACAGCCCGCGUGCUAGAGAUCGACGCUCAGUUCCUGUACAUUCCUGACUGUAUGAUCAUCUCCUUUGACGAUGCCUCGACGCACACGACAGAGGUCAAAGUCGUUCGGUCGACCCAGGGGAUUGAUCUGGGCAGAUUGGCCGACGUGCACGAGAUCUAUAAAGAAGUCAUCCAUGACGUGAUUGGCGUCGAGGAAGCCAUUCAACGGCUGGAUGAAACGAUGAAGCGGCACAACAAGUUCCACACGCUGUUUUUGAUAUUCAUCCAUGGAUGUGCGAGUGCAUCGGUUGGCCCCUUUGCGUUUGGUGCACGGCCAAUAGACAUGCCCAUUGCGUUUGUAUUGGGUUGUCUUUUAGGCGUCCUUCAACUCAUCUUAUAUCCCAAAUCGAGCCUCUACUCCAACGUCUUUGAAAUCUCGGCUGCGGUCUUGACCUCUUUUCUGGCGCGGGCCUUUGGAAGUAUUCGGUAUCAAGGCGAGCCAUUCUUCUGCUUCUCGGCCUUGGCUCAGUCCUCCAUCGCACUGAUUCUUCCCGGUUACACCGUUCUCUGCGCCAGUCUAGAGCUUCAGUCUCGGAACCUUGUUGCAGGAUCUGUACGAAUGGUGUACGCGAUCAUCUACUCACUCUUCCUAGGCUUCGGUGUCACCAUCGGGACCGCGGUCUACGGCCUCCUGGAUUCCGAAGCCACGACAGAAUAUACAUGUCCUCCCAGUCCCAUCACGAACGAGUAUCUUCAACGCUUUCCUUUCGUACUAUGUUUCACAAUCUGUCUCGCCCUCGUCAACCACGCCAAGUGGAGACAACUUCCGGUCAUGAUGGUCAUAUCACUGUCUGGAUACAUUGUGAGCUACUUUAGCUCCAAGCGAUUCAUCUCAAACACCCAAGUGUCCAAUGCCCUGGGUGCGUUUGUCAUUGGAGUUCUGGGAAACGUCUACAGCCGAGUCCGCCACGGUCUUGCAGCCGCGGCCAUGCUCCCCGCGAUAUUUGUCCUGGUCCCCUCCGGUCUAGCAGCCAGUGGCUCUCUCAUCUCCGGGAUCACGGCGGCAGAGGGAAUGACCGGGGCCCCCUACGGUGUCAUCGCCAACGGCACCCAAGGCUUCAUGGACGCCGCCAAAAACAUGACCACCAUUCAAACGCGUAACCAGAACUAUGGAGUGGCUUUUGACAUUGGCUACGGCAUGAUACAGGUGGCGAUCGGGACGUCUGUCGGGCUUUUCCUGGCUGCACUGAUGGUUUAUCCUCUGGGCAAGAAGCGCAGUGGUCUUUUCAGCUUCUAA